GGGAGGAGGGGAUAAGAAAAUUAAACCCUUUAAGUCAAUGCAUAUUGUGGUGACUCUGGCACAGGAGCCCUCACAGUGGAGUCGGCCAGGGCUGUGCGUUCCCAAAAUAUGACCAGGGGUGCUUGGAUGUGUCGGCAGUAUGAUGACGGCUUAAAAAUCUGGUUUGCAGCACCCCGGGAGAACGAGAAACCGUUCACUGAUUCAGAGAGGGCUCAGAAAUGGCGACUGUCUCUGGCAUCUCUCUUGUUUUUCACAGUCCUGCUCUCUGAUCACUUGUGGUUCUGCGCCGAGGCGAAACUGACCAGGACCCGAGACAAGGAGCAUCACCAUCAGCAACAACAUCAACAGCAACAGCAGCGGCAGCAGCAGCAGCAGCAGCAGCGGCAGCAGCAGCAGCAGCAGCAGCGGCAGCAGCAGCGGCAGCAGGAGCCCUCCUGGCCAGCGCUAUAUACUAGCAUGGGGGAGUCCUCGCCUACCGUACAGGCACACAGACUCCUCUCCUCCUCCUCAUCACCCACCCUCCCCCCCUCUCCCAGCAGCAGCGGGAGCAGCAGCGGCGGCGGCGGCGGCAACGGCGGCAGUAGCAGCAGUAGCGGCCACAGCAGCAGAGGACAAAAAAAUCAGAACAAGGCUAUUUUUCUAGGAAACUCUACCAAACCUCUGUGGCGCUUGGAGACGUGUUACCCUGAGGCAGCCUCCUCAGGCCAGUGUUUCAUAGUUGAGGAUGCGGACUCCGUUUGCCAGAGGAACUGGAGUCAGGUAAUAGAAGAGGAGCCCCAGCAGCAGGUGACAGGGAAGCAUAAAACUCCUCACUUGAAGGAUUUCUACCUUCCCUUUUGUAAUUCCUACACGUUUUGGGAGUUGUUCUCUGGGUUGUCCAAUCCGGACUCUUUGAACUGUAGUCUGGACGUGGUGCUCCAGGAGGACAGGAAGAGGACGAGCUGCAGGCAGUGCGUUGAGGCUUACCAACGCUACGACCACCAUGCUCAGGAGAAAUACGAUGAGUUUGAGCUUGUGCUCAAGAAAUAUUUGCAAUCGGAUGAGUACUCAGUGAAAUCGUGUCCUAAGGAUUGUAAGACUGUCUACAAAGCCUGGCUCUGUUCCCAGUAUUUUGAAGUCACACAGUUUCACUGCAGAAAGACAAUUCCUUGCAAGCAAUACUGUUUGGAGGUUCAGACAAGGUGUCCAUUUAUAUUACCAGACAAUGAUGAUGUCAUCUAUGGAGGACUAUCGAGUUUCAUCUGUACAGGGUUGUAUGAAAACUUUCCAACCAAUGCAGAACCAGAAUGCUGUGAUGUCAGAUGGGGACUAUUAUCAGAUAAUGAAUCCAAAGGGACUACAAAUAUAAAUGAAUCAUGUCACAGGACAUCGCUCACAGUUUCAUCAGCAUCAAGACUGUGCAACAGCAGGCUCAAACUGUGUGUGCUUGUAUUGAUUCUCUUGCAUACAGUGCUAACAGCGUCAGCAGCACAGAACACAACAGGACUGGGCUUUGGCAGCAUUACCACGUUGGACGACAAUUCGACUAACGAGGAGUAAAGGAAAAGAGAGGUCAUGACAGACGCUCAACAGGCCCAUGUGAAAUGAAUAACUGCAGUAAAAUGUAACAGGAACUGGGUGCUUUUACCCUUAAAUCACUUAUUGCAAGGCCUUUGGGGUAAAAUUUAAAAGAUGGGCCAGAAUCCAACUAACAAGGACACAAACACAGCUUUUUAUUGACUAAAAGGCUGUAUGGUGAUUUAAAUUUCUCACACCAUUUUAUACACUGUGUUUUAAUGUUUGGAGUUUGGUUUUAUCUUU